CUGGGCGGAGAGCGAGGCGCGGGAGCGGGGAGCGCGCCGCCAGCGUCGCUGCCGCUGGACUAGGGCGGGUGUGCGAGCCCGGCGCGCCGCGCGCAGAGGAUGCGAGCGGCAGGGAGCCGCCGCGCCGCCGCGCCCGGAGAACGCGAACGCGGGUGACCUCAGCCGGAGGAGAGCCGGGAGACGGAGGCCGCGAGCCCCGCGGGGAUCCUCGAGGCCGGGGUGCGGGGGACGGCGGCGGCGCGGGAGUGCGAGGCGCACACCGGGCGGGGCUGGCGGACAGUGAUGAGCGGGCGUGCGGGGAGGCUGCACGCCGCCGCCGCCCGGAGCAUCCGCCGCCUGAGCUGCUGCUCGCGGCCUGGGUCCCGGCCAUGGAGACGCUGAAUGGCCCUGCGGCCGGCGGCGCCCCGGAUGCGAAGCCGCAGCCGCCCGGCCAGCACCACCGCCACCACUAUCUCCACCCGCUGGCCGAGCGAAGGCGGCUGCACCGCGCGCCCUCGCCCGCCAGGCCAUUUCUCAAGGACCUGCACGGCCGGCCCGCGGCCCCCGGCCCGGCCGCCCCUUCCUCGGGCCGAGCCCCGGCGCCCGCCGCUCCGCGCUCGCCCAGCCUCGCGGGCAAGGCGCCGCCCUCGCCGGGGCCCCCGGCCGCGCCCGGCCGCGUCUCCCGGCGCAGCGGCGGCGCCCCCGGCGACAAGCCGCCGCCGGGCGCCGGGGCCAGAGCAGCGGGCGGCGCCAAGGCCGCUCCGGGCCCCAGGAAGGCGGCGCGCGCGGCGCCCGCCGAGCCGCUGCCCCGGGUCGGGAAGCCGCCGCUCGGGGCCGAGCCGCUGCCCGCCGCUGCCAAGGGCCGCAAAGCCAAACGCGGCUCCGGUGUGGUCCCCGCCCGCGCCUCCGGUCCCCGGGUUCCCAUCGUCCCGGUCCCCGCCGUGAUCCUCGCCGUGACCCCCGCGGCCGGCUCCCCGGCCCCCGGCUCCAGCGCCUGA